CAGCGUUUCCAGCUUUGUCCGGAUAUCAGGAGGGGAACAUUUUGACGUGAAAAGAGAUCCAGAAUUCCGGCGGGUUUUGAAAAGGCCCGACAAGUCAAACCCGGAAGCCAUGGAGGAGAUUAGCUCGAUCGCGUUGAAGAACGGCGGGAUGAUUUGGGUGUUAUUUGAGAAUCCGAUUCCUUAAUCUCCUCCUCAUCUUGAAUUGGAAAUUUAAAUCCCUUUAGAAACUAGGGGCUCUCAUGAUCGCCAUAAUCUUGACAAGGGGAAAAAUCUCCAAAUUUGUCAACGCUCCUCGCUGUUGGAAUACCUUGCGUAGCUGCAAAUGUCGGAGGUAUGAAAUUGUAGGAAUUGUAACAAAGACAGGAAGCAAUGUGAGCAAUUUCAAGAUUGGGGAUAGGGUUGGUGUAGGCUAUGUAUCUUCUUCUUGUUUGGACUGUGAGCUCUGCAAUACCUCAAGAGAGCACUACUGCGACCAAAUGCGCCCCGUUUACAAUAGUGUUGCUUCAGAUGGUACUGUCACGUACGGAGGUUACUCCCAAAUGAUUGUAGCAGAUCAUAGGUAUUGUGUGCACAUACCAGAGAAUCUGGCACUUGAGAGAGCAGCACCGUUACUAGUAGCAGGGAUAACGGUGUACAGUGCUAUGAAAAAUAGCAACAUAUUUGAGUGUCCUGGGAAAAGAAUUGGAGUGAUUGGUUUAGGUGGUUUAGGUCACAUGGCUGUCAAAUUUGGCAAGGCUUUUGGGCACCAGGUCACUGUCAUUAGUACCUCUUCUUCUAAGAAAGAAUUGGCAAUUCAGAGAUUGGGAGCAGAUGAUUUUAUAUUGAGCACUGACCCAACACAAAUGCAGGGAAAUAGAAGAAGUCUAGACUUCAUUUUGGACACUGUAUCUGCAAACCACUCUGUUGGACCUUACAUUGAGCUAUUGAAAGUAGAUGGCACCUUGGCUAUUGUUGGUGCACCAUCUAAACCAAUCGAUUUCCCAUCAUUACCUUUGAUAUGUGGCAAGAUAACGAUAAAGGGAAGCAUAAUUGGAAGUGUGGAGGAAAUUAAAGAAAUGAUGGAGUUCUGUGAGAAAUAUGAGAUCUUGCCAGAGAUAGAGAUUGUCCCUAUUAACAAAAUAAAUGAAGCCUUUGAUAGGCUUGCAAAGAAUGACGUCAAGUUUCGAUUUGUCCUUGACAUUGCAUCAAGCUAGGCUCUAAUGGUUCAUAUUAUUAGGGAUUUGAGAGUUGAGCUGCGAGCGCUGGAUUAUUUCAGCAUUACUUUAUCUCUAUGCUUGUGUUGUUUGGAAUGUUUUCUGUCUGAGUUUGUGAGUUGUUUGGAAUCUCUAGCUAAUCAAUAAUCUACUUGGUGAUGCAAAUUUGGUAAUAAAUUAUAUUUUGUCUCCA